AUGAUGUCGGAGAAGAAGAACAAACAGCCAUACCGACUCGAGGACAGCAUCAUCGGCGCAUCUGUGACGGUCGUCGUGGCGGACGACGUCGACGACUUUAUCCAAGACGAAGAUGCGGUGGACGAGGAAGACGUUGACAAGUCCAUAGUCGAGUUGUUCGCCGAGCGCAAAUUCUCGUCCGUGAAGAAGCGUCUUCAAACCCGCAACGUCACGGAGGACGAAUUGGCAACCCUGGACGAUUUCCAAGACUCGCUCCUCGACAAUGCGAUUCUUCAGUCCAACUUUGAGAUCGUGUCGCUCAUCUUGGAAUGUACCAACUACAAGUGCAUCCCCAAGUACGCGGGGAAACCGUUGAAUUUGGCUGCGCAGCGCGCGUCCAACAUUUUUCACCUGCUCUUGAAGACGUUGGGUUCGUCUGCAGACUUGAACUACUCCACUCCCGACGAUGGCGACGUAGCGCUGCAUCAUGCCAUUCGAAACCAGACAUUCGACGUAGCCGAAGCACUUAUCCAUGCUGGCGCGCCCGUGGACAUUGAAAACGACGCUGGCGAGUCCCCGCUCUUCAUGGCCGUCCAGAGCUGGAACUCCCGCGGUAUCGAGCUGUUGCUGUUAGCGAAUGCGUCUGUCCACCACACAUCCAAGAGUGGUCGCACACCGCUGCAUGUGGCCGCAGCGUCCGGCUACGACGAAGGCGUCAAGUUGUUGCUCAUGGCAUGCGCCGAGAUUGACGUCAAAGACAGCGACGGCAAGUAUCCCAUUCAAGAGACUGACAACGACUACAUCCGGUCCAUCCUACGCACGGAGCGCAUGACUCGCGUCAAGUACCCCGCGCACAUCAUGGCGCGCAAUGGCGAUAUCUCUGCGCUGAACGCAUGGCUCAGUGAGACCACGGCCAAGGGCCCAGGCGUUGCGCAUGUGUGGAAUGGCCAGUACCUUCGCGACGGCGACUGGCGCGACCUCCAGCUCAAGGUCAAGUUGGUUCGGGAUAACGACUCGCACUCGUACAAGUGUAUGGGGCAGUACGAGGACACUGACGGGGUGUUUUACAUCACCGGGAUGUGGGUGGUGGCGAAUGGGCGCCUCGACAUCCUGAAAACGUACGCGGACGACGGCUACACGAUCGCGUACGGCGGCGACGUUGACGACGCCACGGGCACAUGGACCGGCGAGUGGACUGCCGGCGACUUGAUGGGCGAGCUCAAGUUUAACCUGCCAUUGCACGACUGCGUGGUGUGCGGGGCCAGCGCCAAGGUGCCCAAUGCCCAACAAAAGUGCUUUGGCUGCGAGGCAACCGAGGCCCAGUACUUUACUGUGGAGGCCGAAGACGACAGCAGCAGCAACGACUGGAGUAUGAGCGUAUACCUGGCCUUCACGCCAGACGUGGAAGCCAACGUGUAUCGCGUCGACUGCGCGGGGUACGACACCGAGUCGUAUGUCGUUAGCGGCGCGUGGAAGGACGGAUGCCUCAAUUUUGCCAAGCAUUAUGCAAAGUCCACGGUCAACUACGACAUGUAUUAUAACGACAGCACGAAAAAGUGCAUUGGCACGAUGGUCGACGGGGACGGAGUGUCGAAAUCGAUCAGCUUUGCGAUGGACAUGUCGCCGUGCAUGGAAUGCGGCGCGGACGUGCCGGUGGCCAACUCCAAGUGUUUUAGCUGUGCCAAGGCAUCGCUGCACAACUGGACUGGGCAAUGUCGACUCGUGUAUGUGCACAAAGAUGUGAUCGAUCCAGUCGAAGCUGGUGCUGAUAGAGGCGAUGAUGAUGCUGAAGAAGAAGGCGGCGGCGAUGUGAACGAUGUCGCAGAAGGAAUCGAAGGCGACGAUUUGAACGAUCAAGUGUGGCGGGACCUCGGCUUUCACAUGCUUGUCCAACGAGAUGUGUCACAACAAUGCUACCACUUGAUCGGCGAAGGCAAGGACAACGACACCGGCGAAACCUUUGAUGCCGUCGGCAAGUGGCAAGCCAACGUGAUCCAAGUGACCAAGAUAUACGCCGACGGGGUAUCCGAAUUCAACGGCGUGUUUGCCUCGGACACGAACGAAUGGACAGGAACGUGCACGCUAGCCAACGGUAACAAGGAGGCGUUUCGGGUGACAGUCCCCCUGUUCUCGUGUGUGUUGUGCGAUGGCAGAAUCGUUCCCAAUGUGAACGACGUGUGCUUGGCCUGCACAUCCCCGACGACAUCAUCAUCCUUACCGUGGAACCCCCAGAACGGCAAACUGGUGCAUGCAUGGGUCGGCCGGUGCCGCCAAGAGCGCGGCGAAUGGGAAGGCGACGAGUUUUCCGUCAAGGUGCUCCGUGACGUGGCGAUGCAGGCGUACCGGUUCACGGGCUUUGACAAGGAUGGCGCGGGGUACUUUGCCGUGAGCGGCACAUGGAAGGACGACGACAUCCACAUGGAGCGCAUCUACAUGGACGCGACGUCUGCCCAAGACGGCAAGUUUGACGCCAUGAAAAGUGAAUGGACCGGCACGGACGUGACCACAGACAACGACGGCAGCGUCACCACCAGUCGAUUUCAGUACAAAAUUCCCAUGUGGCCAUGCACCACCUGCGCCACUGCAGCCGUGCCCAUUCAAAACUCGGUGUGUUUUGCAUGCGAUCAGCCCCGUCACACAAUGUGGGUGCCGUUCGAGUUGCCGUUCCAAGUCGACGCGAUCCGUCGUGAUUUGAGUGCGCGUCAAGAGGUGUCCAGCCUGCUCAACGUCAAAGACCGGCAAGGACGCACGGCGCUGAUGCACGCGGCCGAGUUUGGUCGGUUCAACAUUCUCCAAGAGAUUCUGCUCUAUGUCAACCCAGCCGACAUUCGCAUCAACGACAACGCUGGGAAGUCCGCACUGGACAUUGCCUUGUCCCGCAAACUCACAUGUGCCAACAACAUGCAUCAUCGCACCAAUGACGAGAUCCUCACGUUCGUGGAGCUGUUACGUCAUCGCAGCUGCCUCCAACUCAAGCCCACGACCAUUCCGUACACGUUUGUGUACGACAAGCUAUGUUGUGGGGACUGUGACCAGUCGCGAGACAACUCAAACGACAAGGGCGUGAGCUUGUUUGAGCUGGCCAAAGCCAAAUCAUGGGACGAGUUGGAAGCCCAGUUGGACUCCACCGUGGCCGGCGACCGAUUGAAUGCAAAAGACGCAGAUUCAGGGUCGACAGUCGCGCACGUCGUGUGCCGAGAAGGCAAGCAAAAGAUUCUCAAGAUGCUCCUGGACCAGCCCGAGUUGGACCUUGGUAUAUUCAACAAUGAAUAUUACUAUCCGCUGUAUGAAGCCAUGAAAAAGGACCGCGUCGGGUGCGUCCAACUGCUGUUGCAUUAUGGCGUCGCGCCUACGAUGAUUGAAGCGUACGAGUCGGACGACAACCAACUCACACUCUUGAACCCGAAAUCGCGUUGCUACAAGUACAUUGUCGACAAGUUUACGCUCAUGCAGCGUGAGACGUUGAAUGCUUACUAUCGAGCCAACGUGCCCAGUGUUCGAGUGGCCGAAAAGCAUCAACAGGCCAAACAAACGGCGCUGCAUGCCGCUGUCCUCCACGGCCAACCUCCGCACAUCGUGGAAUUGCUUGCGCAAGAUGACUUGAUUGAUGUCGAUGCCAAGGACAAGAAUGGUGACACGGCCAUGAUGCUAGCAGCGCGAGGCAAGGAUGAAUAUGCCGAGACGUACAUAUCGAUUUUGAUUGCCCGCGAAGCCGACUACGAUGCCACCAACUCGGAUGGAAAGACUGCGUUGAUGAUAGCUGCCGAGGCAGGCCACGUCGAGAUGGUGGCGCUGCUGUUAAAAGAGAUGGCAGAUAUUGACAUCCAAGACUCGCAAGGACACACGUGUUUGGAUCUAGUCAACAAGUACGACGUGAUGGUCGGGUCGCCCAAAAGCAAGGCGGCGACUCCCCACGGCAAGAUCAAGGACCUGCUCAACGUGGAAAUGCAAGCGCGGGAGAGCUCUGUCGAGUUCCGCGAUAAGCUGGCCAAGAGUCUGAUGGGCAUGACGGCAGAAGAAGCGUUCCUGCAGGGCGGGUUCCGCAAAGCGAUCAACUGCAGUCCCGCGUUGGCGCGUACAUUUCUCGACGAUUCGGUCGUGAUCAACCGCCACGACGUGGUAUUUUCCCAGAUGGAAGAAAUCUACGGCGACGAGCACCCUCAACGCGUUAUUAAACUUAAAGUCGGAUGA